CAAAAACUAACAGUCAGAAAAAAAAAAAUGAUAUUGUGAAAGAAAAUAUGUACAUUCAAUUCGAGGGACAACACAUCAGGUUUCACUUUUACUGAGCUUACACGCAUUUCACAGAGAGAUUAUAAUAAUUACUAAGUAAACAUUUCUAAAGAGCUGUGGAACUUUGGGGUUUUAGGGUUUUGUGAAAAUGCAGAGGUGGGGUUCGUCAAUUGGUCGAUCUGUGCAAUGUAAACGAUGGUUUUCUUCAUCCAACACUGAUAAAAUUGUCGCCUCCGUCCUGUUCGAGAGAUUACCAGUUGUUGUCCCCAAAAUAGAUCCUACUGUCUAUGCUUUUCAAGAAUUUUCGUUUCGUUGGAGGCAGCAGUAUCGACGGGAGUAUCCAGAAAGUUUCCUGAAGAAGUCUGAUACCAGGGGAAAAGGUGAUUAUCAAAUUGAUUAUAAACCAGCUCCUCGAAUCUCAGAGGCCGAUAAAACUAAUGAUCAGAGGUCAUUACAGCGAGCACUUGACAGAAGACUCUAUCUUCUUGUUCAUGGUGCCACACAUGACUCUCCUAGUGGAAAGCCUGUCUGGCAUUUCCCAGAAAAAGUUUUUGAGUCUGAAGAGACCCUUCGCAAGUGUGCUGAGUCUGCCCUAGAAUCUGUUAUUGGAGAUCUUUCACAUACAUAUUUUGUUGGAAAUGCCCCUAUGGGUCAUAUGGUCAUACAACCCACUGAAGAUAAGAAAAUCUCAUCAAUCAAGCGCUUCUUCUUCAAAUCCCAAGUUAUUGCAGCCAACAAAUUUGAUAUUAAAAAGUGUGAUGAUUUUGUCUGGGUGACAAAAGAUGAACUGUUGGAAUACUUUCCUGAGCAAGCUGAAUUCCUGAACAAGAUGAUCAUCAGCUGAUGUUAUUUUCUAUUUCAACUUUAGGCUGGGUAGAAUAGUGGAAAUAGUUUUGAUUAUAUACUGAUCUGAAAAUCCAUUUCUUUCAACCAAUGUAAUGGGUUUUGACUGCUGGUGACCAAUUUUAUGCCCCCACAGUAAGAAGAUCUGACUAUCAUUUCCCAGUGCGCCUCUCAUCAAGUUUUGUAGAAUUUUGAACGUAGGAUACAUAAAUUUGUGAUGGCCUUCUGUCUCAGCUAUUCCCAUUUCUUUUUGUGAGAAGCUAUGCUCAGAACUCUGAACUAGUCAUGCAAUUCAGUAUGAAUAUGCUUGUAGAUGCAUGAUUUCAUCUUGUGUUAAGAAAUAAACAAAACAAAUACUUACCA